CUCCACGCCAGGACUAGAAGACGGUCCGCACACGCCGACGAUCUUUGUGAUAUCCCGAGGCAAUAGCGGGGGUGUUCACUUCUUCCUCAGUCUACUUCUCACUGAUUUGACAUUCUUCACGACAUUGACCAUGUCGCGGCUCCUUUUGCGACAACUCCCUUCGCGGGCGCUGUUUCAUGCUCGACCCGUUCCAAGUGUCAGGACCUAUGCUUCAACUUCUCCUAUCUCGCAGUUCACCUGGGAAGACCCGCUGGCGUCCAAAAACUUGUUGACCGAGGAGGAGCUGGCUAUCUCGGAAACGGCUGAGCGGUAUUGCCAGGAGCAGUUACAGCCGCGAGUGCUUCAGGCGUACCGGGAUGAACACUAUGAUCCUAAGAUUCUCGAGGAGAUGGGUGAGCUAGGGCUUCUCGGUGCCACCAUUGAUGGAUAUGGUUGCGCCGGCGUCUCAACUGUUGCUGGCGCGCUGAUCACCCGCGCGGUUGAGCGCGUCGACAGUGGUUAUCGAAGCAGCAUGUCUGUUCAAUCUUCGUUGGCCAUGGGAGCUAUCCAUGAUUUUGGGUCCCCAGAGCUGAAGGAGAAAUAUCUUCCGGAAAUGGCCAAGGGCAAACUUAUUGGCGCCUUCGGCCUAACCGAGCCAAAUCACGGGAGUGACCCGGGCUCCAUGGAAGCCGUCGCCCGCGAGCACCCGCAAAAGGAGGGCUACUACCUGCUCACAGGAUCCAAGACAUGGAUCACCAACUCACCGAUUGCGGACGUGCUGGUGGUGUGGGCCAAAUUACAGGCGACGGGCAAGAUCCGUGGCUUUCUAGUCAACAGGAAGCAGUGUCCUGCCGGAACCCUAGAGACGCCUGCAAUCAAGAACAAGACCGGGCUCCGCGCCUCGAUUACGGGUAUGAUUCACCUCGAGGACUGUCCCGUUCCCAAGGAGAACAUGUUCCCCGAGGUCGAGGGUCUCAAGGGACCGUUCGCCUGCCUCAACAGCGCCAGGUACGGCAUCGCCCUCGGCGUCAUGGGCGCGCUGGAAGACUGCAUCGACAGGGCGCGGACGUAUUCCCUCGAGCGGAAGCAGUUCAAGGGCAACCCGCUCGCCAAAUACCAGCUGAUUCAGAAGAAACUGGCUGACGCGGCCACCGAUGCUGCUUACGGCACCCUGGCGGCCAUCCAGGUCGGCCGGCUGAAGGACCAAGGAAAGGCGACCCCCGAGAUGAUCAGCAUGAUCAAGCGCCAGAACUGCGACAGGGCCCUCCACAACUCGAGGGUGUUGCAGGAGAUAUUUGGCGGCAACGCUGUCAGCGACGAGUACAUGAUCGGUCGUCAUGUCGCAAACCUUUAUGUCACCCAGACAUAUGAAGGCCAAAGCGAUAUUCAUAGCCUUAUCCUAGGGCGGGCUAUUACGGGAGUCCAGGCUUUUGUUUAGAUCUUUGGCGCUUCCAAGUCGUUCUGGGGUGGCCAUCCAUCCAUCGAAUUCCCGUACCGGAUGCGCGGCAUCGGUGGACCAUGCAUUUAUCUUCACAGCAUAAAACGAACGUUGUCGGGCUCACAACUCCUCGU